GGAGGCGGGCGGGCGCGGGGCAUGGUCCGGGAGCCGGCGGAGGGGCGGCGGAGGAGCGGCGCUGGGAUGCGGCGCGGAGACAUGCGGCUCUGCUUGCGCGCUGCCCCGACGACAUGGACCCGCGCCGCCUGCUCCUCCCGCUACUGCUGCUGCUGCUCCGCGCUGCCCUGGGCGCCGCCGGGCGUCUGAGCGCCCGCCCCGGCAACGAAGUUAAUCUGCUGGAUUCAAAAACAAUUCAAGGGGAGCUGGGCUGGAUCUCCUACCCAUCACAUGGGUGGGAAGAGAUUAGUGGCGUUGAUGAGCAUUAUACUCCAAUCAGAACUUACCAAGUUUGCAAUGUUAUGGAUCACAGUCAAAACAAUUGGCUGCGAACAAACUGGAUUCCACGCAAUUCGGCUCAGAAGAUAUAUGUGGAGCUCAAAUUUACCUUGAGGGACUGUAAUAGUAUCCCUCUAGUUCUGGGCACUUGCAAAGAGACCUUCAAUCUGUAUUAUAUGGAGUCUGAUGAUGACCAUUCAGUAAAGUUCAGAGAGCAUCAGUUUACAAAGAUCGACACCAUUGCAGCUGAUGAGAGCUUCACCCAAAUGGAUCUUGGGGACCGAAUUCUCAAGCUGAAUACAGAAGUCCGUGAGGUGGGGCCUGUCAGCAGGAAAGGCUUUUACUUGGCUUUUCAAGAUGUAGGUGCAUGUGUUGCCUUAGUCUCAGUGCGAGUGUACUUCAAAAAGUGCCCUUUCACUGUCAAGAACCUUGCCAUGUUUCCAGAUACAGUACCCAUGGACUCCCAGUCACUGGUGGAGGUGCGUGGUUCUUGUGUCAAUCAUUCCAAGGAGGAAGAGCCACCCAAGAUGUAUUGCAGUACAGAAGGAGAAUGGCUAGUGCCCAUAGGGAAGUGCUUGUGUAAUGCUGGCUAUGAAGAAAGAGGCUUUGCGUGCCAAGCUUGUCGACCUGGGUUCUACAAAGCCUCUGCUGGCAACCUGAAGUGUGCCAAAUGCCCACCUCACAGCUCCACCUACGAAGAUGCAUCUUUGAACUGCAGGUGUGAAAAGAAUUACUUUCGCUCUGAGAAAGACCCUCCAUCCAUGGCUUGCACCAGACCUCCAUCUGCUCCAAGAAACGUUAUCUCUAACAUCAAUGAGACGUCUGUUAUCCUGGAUUGGAGCUGGCCUCUUGAUACUGGAGGUCGGAAAGAUGUCACUUUCAACAUCAUUUGCAAAAAAUGUGGAGGAAACAUCAAAAUAUGUGAGCCAUGUAGUGACAACGUGCGAUUCUUGCCCCGUCAGACUGGGCUCAUGAACACUACAGUGACAGUCGUGGACCUUUUGGCACAUACCAAUUAUACUUUUGAGAUUGAUGCGGUCAACGGGGUAUCUGACUUGAGUACGCUUUCCAGACAAUUUGCUGCUGUCAGCAUCACAACUAAUCAGGCUGCUCCAUCCCCCAUCACAGUCAUAAGGAAAGACAGGACAUCCAGGAACAGCGUGUCUCUGUCUUGGCAAGAACCCGAACAUCCAAAUGGGAUCAUCUUGGACUACGAGGUCAAAUACUAUGAAAAGCAGGAACAAGAGACAAGCUAUACUAUUCUAAGAGCAAAAGGCACCAACGUUACCAUCAGCGGCCUCAAACCUGAUACGACCUAUGUAUUCCAAAUUCGGGCCCGAACUGCAGCUGGAUAUGGGACAAACAGCCGCAAGUUUGAAUUUGAAACCAGUCCAGAUUCAUUCUCCAUUUCCAGUGAGAAUAGCCAGGUCGUAAUGAUUGCCAUUUCAGCUGCAGUAGCCAUUAUUCUCCUCACAGUUGUGGUGUACAUCCUCAUUGGAAGAUUUUGUGGAUACAAGAAAUCUAAACAUGGCACUGAUGAGAAAAGACUACAUUUUGGGAAUGGCCAGUUAAAACUCCCAGGCCUGAGAACUUAUGUAGAUCCACAUACAUAUGAGGAUCCCAGUCAAGCCGUGCAUGAAUUUGCCAAGGAACUAGAUGCUUCUAAUAUAUCCAUCGAUAAAGUAGUUGGAGCGGGUGAAUUUGGAGAAGUGUGCAGUGGGCGCCUAAAGCUGCCUUCUAAAAAGGAAAUUUCAGUGGCUAUCAAAACCCUGAAAGUUGGCUACACAGAGAAACAGAGGAGGGACUUCCUAGGAGAAGCAAGCAUCAUGGGACAGUUUGACCACCCUAAUAUUAUUCGAUUAGAGGGAGUCGUCACUAAAAGUAAACCAGUUAUGAUUGUUACUGAAUAUAUGGAAAAUGGUUCCUUGGACAGCUUCCUUCGGAAACAUGAUGCCCAGUUCACAGUCAUCCAGCUGGUAGGCAUGCUUCGAGGGAUCGCGUCUGGCAUGAAGUAUUUGUCAGAUAUGGGUUAUGUCCAUCGAGAUCUAGCUGCUCGUAAUAUCCUCAUCAAUAGUAACUUGGUAUGCAAAGUCUCAGAUUUUGGUCUCUCUCGUGUACUGGAAGAUGACCCUGAAGCUGCUUACACCACAAGGGGGGGCAAGAUUCCUAUCCGAUGGACAUCACCAGAAGCCAUUGCAUAUCGGAAGUUCACUUCAGCCAGUGAUGCAUGGAGCUAUGGAAUUGUUCUCUGGGAGGUGAUGUCUUAUGGAGAGAGACCAUACUGGGAGAUGUCCAACCAGGAUGUGAUUAAGGCUGUUGAUGAAGGUUACCGCUUGCCACCUCCUAUGGACUGCCCAGCUGCCUUGUAUCAGCUGAUGCUGGACUGUUGGCAGAAAGACAGAAACAACAGACCCAAGUUUGAGCAGAUUGUCAGCAUCCUGGAUAAACUGAUCCGUAAUCCCAGCAGUCUGAAAAUAAUCACCAAUGCGGCGGCAAGGCCAUCAAAUCUUCUCCUGGACCAAAGCAACAUUGAUAUUUCAGCUUUCCGCACAACAGGUGAUUGGCUCAAUGGUUUUCGAACAGGACAGUGCAAAGACAUUUUCACGGGCGUGGAGUACAGUUCCUGUGAUACAAUAGCCAAGAUUUCCACAGAUGACAUGAAGAAAGUCGGUGUUACCGUUGUGGCGCCUCAAAAGAAGGUUGUUAGCAGUAUCAAAGCUGUAGAAACUCAUACAAAGAACAGCCCUGUUCCUGUGUAAGGUACCAAAAUGAUGUUGCUCAGGAGAGAAAAAAGAGAAAAGUUGCAUCAAAGGGCAAAAAGUGAUGACUGAUAAACAGCAGAAUUUAAAGUUCUUUGCAACAGCUUUGGAAGCAUAAUGGUUGAAAUUUCAAACCCACUAAGACACUCAAAUAUUGAGUAUAAAUGCCUUAAAAAUAGGAGCAAAGUUUUCUAUCUGUUAAUCCUAAAGGGUGGGUGCUCUUGACUGACUGUUAAUGCAGAUAGUAAAUUUCAAAAGAAAAAAAAAUAUGUAAAAAAUCCUUCCAAGUGAAAACCAGUGAUACUAAAACCUAGAGCCAUUUGAAUAUUAAAUGACUGAAUAACAUGAAAAAAACAUGGACGCAAAAGCUGUGUAUUUGAUCUAUACAGCAAACAAGAAGAAAGACUUGCAGUAUUUUUAUACAGAAGAGAUCUGUAACAGGUAUUUUAUUUCUUUAAAAGCAAGGAAAAUAGAGGACUAUACCUCACAACCUAUCUGGCCAUAUUUACGAUAAUGUCAUUGUAACAUGCUAUUUCAGCUUCAGAAAGGAACACAGAAAUAGAGGCUGUAGUGACUUUGAGUUAGUCGACAAAAGAUUUUCGCCGUUCUGUUAGCUUUCCUAACUCUGUUCAUUUAAAUAGAAACAAGUCUUAAUUUUUUAAAAGACUUAUUUAUUUACUUCGUUUUUGUUUUGAUUAUUGUUUAUAUUUAUGCUAAAAUACCUUAACCUGGCUGUAUUAUUGCCAAGUGCCAAAUGUUAUCAAAACUUCCUUGGUUCAACCUGAAAAAUCAUCUGAGGGUUAAUUACUGGAUUAUUUUAUACUCAUAACAUCAUAUAUGAAAUACAGAAGGAGAAGAUAGAUGGUGUUUUUUUCCGACUCUGGCACUGCACAAAGCAUCUGGACUUGCUGAGAUUCCUUCCAUUUGCUGUGAGUGGUAUUUUAACCUAGGCCUGAGUUCUGGCAAAGUUGUGUGCGUAUUGACCCCUAGAUCAGCAUCUUGCCUAGUUGAGUGCACACAUCUUAUUUACUUCCAAAAGGCUCGCUUUCCUGUCAAAAAAGGGACCACUGUUCUCAAGUGGUGUUCGUUCAGGUGAGAGAUUUGCCUCACAAACAUAAUAAAGAGUCUGGGUUGCAUCCUGUGUUAACUGAGGAUGCUUUCUGAGUUCCCUGGUGAAUGGUCCUUUUCUAGCUCCUGUCUGGCAGGCUCUGCUCCUGACACUGGGGGCUGGAAUGUGCACUCCCAUGUGGGCGGUCUCUGGUAGUGACACUGAGAUGGUGACUUGCAGCCAAGUGUAAGUAGAUAGUUUAAAAGAACGAUUUAAGCUUUUAAAAUGGGACUUUAGUACUUAAUUUUACCUAGAAGGCUAGAAGACAACUGUCCGAGUGCUACCAUCCUGUAGGAGCAUUGGUUUUGGCACAGGUUCCUUAGGCAUCUGUUCCUUAAAAGAAAGCAGAAAGGAGCCUACCUUUAGAAGAGCAUUCACAUUUCCCAGUGGAAAAAGGAGCCUGGAAGGUGGGAUUUGAGAGUCCUCUCCCAUCUUUAGCAUCUUUUCAAUAGCAAGCUCUUAGACUGUUGGUGGGGAGUACAUUGGUCUCAGUUCUGAGCAGACACAACUCUUUGCUCUGGAAGUGAGUGGUUUACAUCACAGUGUGAGGAACUUCUUGUGCUACAUACAACUGAGCUCUAGAUGUGAUGCCAGACACACAGGGAUCAAGCUUUGUCACUAGUGGAAACCACUCUGAUUCCUGACUUACCGUGCUGCAGUCUAAACCUGAUUCUGAUAAAUAACAGUGAGUCCCUGUAAGUCCAUGACUCUGUGGGAGGCAGAUGGCUAUAUGGCGUGCCACUUUUCGCUGUGCAUGCAAAAGCAGGUAACUAGUUGUACUUUUUUAUAUUGAUUUGGUUUUGGAAACUCCUUGUGGCAUAGAGCACAUAAGUAAGGGAAGAAUCAAUUCCUAGAACUUGUGUGGCUGAAUCAGCUUUUGAAUUGUUCUUUGUGGGUCCAGGACUUAUAAAAUGUAGAGACACAAAGUUUAUCACGCAUUUUUAAAUAGAAGCAGGAUUAGAGACUUUUUAAUGAGUGCUAGCGGUGAGCAUGCUAUAAAGGACUGGAUUUGAAACCCAUUCACAGGUUAAUAACUAGUACUAUUUUCUGAAAGAAAAAUGAAUUGGUUUUAAAGUAACUUAAAAAAAAAUGAAAAAUGGGAGAAAAUGAAAAUAAAGUACUUAAGAUGUAAAGAACACUUAUCUGCCACAGUUUAUUGUGAAAUGUAGCAUGUGGAAUAGAAAAGCUGUUAUUUUCCAUUGCUUAGUUCAUUCAGAAUCUUUCUUUUCUUCAGUUUGACAUUGCUUUAAAUCAGACAUUGUUAGUGAAUUUAAGUCAUUAAAAUCCAUUUACAGACAUUGUCUGUGUGGGGACAGCUUUUUAUAUUAUAUUCCUCAUGACAUUUCUCUUCAGCUUCAUUCUGCUGCCAGAGAGUGGAGGUGUGGGAGGAAGAUAACUGCGAAAUGCUUCUGAAAACAUAGAAUCAGUUCUUAGCGUUUUAGGUGAUGACUGAAAAUUUUGCAUCAACUACCUUCAAUUUUCUCUUAGUAUCAUGGCAUGUUCCUUGCCCACUGUUUCAGCAUGGUCAGCAGAAAAGAUUAAAUCUCAGUAAUGCUUGGGAAAAAAAAGAAACUCAAUUUUGCUUUUCUUUGCUAUUAGAAGUAGAGAGUUUUAAAAUAUGUUUAGUUUUCUCUCCCUGUCAAAAGUUGAUUUGUACUGAAAGUGGCCUCUGUUGCAAGCAUCAUAUACUCCCUGUCCCUGUGUACAUAUGUAUACAUAGCAGUGUACAAUUCUUCAUUGUGGAGUAGAGAUACUAGAAUUCGUGUGGCCAUCUUCCCAUACAGGACUUGCAUUGGUUAUCGACAUCAAGCAAAAUGCAACUACUCACAAAAUGACAUGCCAUAUUAUUGGUUUUGUAUCUUUAAAUAUAGUUUCCAUUUUAUUUAUUUCUGUUAACAUAUCUAGUUUUGUGCUGUUACUUAGCAUUCAAUAAGCAAUGUAUAGAUGUGAUUUGAUUGGCAAUAUGUAUUUACGUUAACUUGUAUUUCAAAGCAUUACUUACUCAUUUAGAUUAUAUAUUGUGCAAUUGUAGAUGGCCUCUUACUAAUGUAAAAUGAUUUGUAGUGGAAACAUUUAUAUUUUUAUAAUAAACAUAAUGAAAGUAUUUUUUACAUACUGGAAUACUGAGGUGAUUGUUUGGAGGACAAAGUAAAUUUAUUUGAUUAGAAAAGUGUGAUGAAAUUGUAAUUAAAUAUGGAUAAAUUCUGAGUGUUAAAGCAUGGAUUCAGAAUGAAAGCUAGAUAUUACCUAUAUUAUCUAUUAAAAGAAACAAAUAGUGCAGGUUUUAACUAGAUAGGCCAGCAGUUGUGCUACACUGACUUAUAUCAGUCAAAGACUUUACUUUCUCCAUGGAUACGGAAAAACAUUGUCUACUACAACCUGCCUAUGGGAUAUUGAAAAAGCUGUCAUUUAUUUUAGUCGUGUCAAUUAUUUCCAAACUUUUGCUUUUUUUCCUCCCUUACCAGUGGACCUCUUUUCAUCUUAUUACUAUGUUGAAUCCAGUAAAAGAUGUACUUUUCAACAAAAUAAAAAAGCCCACCGCUUACUGUAAUUUAACCCCAUGAUAAUUUCUUGCCUCUGAGUAUCUGUAUUAGAUAAAAUUUUGCUCCUGUUUUGUUAUGUCCCUACCAAGUUCUUUCUGUAUGCUUCACUGAAGUACAGUGUCUUUGAAAAUACCAACAUACAACUCAAUUUUGCAUCUCAGGAAUUAUCUUCCUAGAAAAAUAGGAGUGGUUUGAAUGUUCACCAGUUACUUGAGGAAUGAUGUUACAGGAUCUUUCUGUACCAUAAAUGAUUUUGCAUGUUUUUAUAUAUUACUGUGCUUACUCGUACAAAACAAUGAAUGAUAUACCUGUCCUGGAGUCUGUAGGUAGAUAAACUUUAUGGAGGUGGAUAUAGCACAUUUUUUUUGGCAUUUUGUCUUCGUAUCUUCAAUAGAAAGGGAAUCACCAAAAAGAGCGAUUCAGAAUUGGACUUAACUUUAAAUGACGACAGCUGGACUGAGAUCCACUUUUACUUUGUAACACCAGUAUGCCUCAUGCUGUGCCGCAGUGGGUACAUAUGGUAUCAUUUUAACGUCUGAUGAGUGGGUUUCAAUGCUAUACUUGAACUACAGGGAAGCAGCUCUGUUGGUCUAAUCUAUGCAGUAUGCAAACUGUUUAUGUUGCAAAUAGGUUUCACUUCAGCAAUUGUGUUACACCUAUUUCUGUCUAUUGCUUUAGCUUUACUGGUACAUUGUAUUUGCUUUAUAUCCCAAAAGGCACAUUGGAUGUAUUAAUGUUUCUAUUACUAUUAUGUUUAUUAUGAAAUGGUAUUAAUGCUCACAGGCAAUUCUUGAACAUCAGUAGGAUGCAUUCACGUGAAGAGCAGCAGAACAAGCAAAUGCCUUGCAGCCCACCACCAUGUCUCAGCUCUAAUCUGGAGGGGUGAAUUGCUGAGAAUCAGCUCCUCGGAUUCAGACAUGCCUUUUUAUUUUUUUUUUCCCCCGGUAAUGUCCAAGUAACAUUUUUCCACUUUGCCUUCCUUUUUAAGGAUGAUGCCCAGACCUAAAUAUCUUUACCAGUAAAAGCCUAGGCAGUGCCAAGCGGAAUCAGACAAUUACUUCUUCUGUCUCAUAUGCUACUGCUCUUAAUUCAGACAAAUAUCCAUACUAUUGUCUUCCUUUUGUUUUCUGAGCCACCAUAAUUGCUCAAAUCCUUUCCAGACUAUUACUGCCUGGUCAGUAAUUCUCCAUGUAUAUGUGAGCACUCAAUUCCCUUUUCAUUUUUUUGCAACCUUCAUUUGUUCACAUGUAUAAAUAUACAUAUGCUAAUCAUCCAGGUUACUAAUGCAAAGAGCGAACGGCACAAAACAUGAAGGCCAGCCUUCUCUUCGCUUCUUUGUUACACUUUCAAAUGGCUAGAGAACCUCUGAUAGAUGAAGAGUACUCAGUACUCAAGAUUUUUCAGCUCACUCUGCUUUCACAUUACAAUGAUUCCAUAAUAGCCCAUAUUUUCCCAGUUACCUCAUAAGAAUGUCAUGUGGGACAGCACCAGAAGUCUUACUAAAGACAAGAUAAAUCACAUCUACUAUUUUUAGAUUAUCCCAUCACAGAAAUAUAUCAUGAGUUUGACAUGAUUUGUUUGUUCUUGACAAAUCUGAGUUGGUUUCUUAAGAUCUUGUAAUCCUCCAGCUGCUUAGAAAUGUAUUGUGUAAUAUAGAUAUCUUUCUGGGUAUUUGAGGUUAGCAUACCUAGUCGGUAAUUGCCUGGCUCUGCUUCUCUUCCCUUUGUAAAGCUCAGGAUGGUUUUUGCUCUUCUCCAGUUGCCCGGAGUCCAUGACUUCUCCAGAAGAACAGCCAGUGGCUACCCUUGGAAUUAUCCAUUAAGUUGCUAUAGAAAUCUCACAGACUCUGCAAAACCUGAAAGCAUUGAUCGCUUGUUCUGACUCCUAGGAUACCUAAUUGUAAAAUGAAAAUAAAAUACAUAUGGGCAAAUGUUUUUACUGCGUGCCCAGGUUUUGAGCUUAUGUCUUGAUUUUUACAAGCAGGCAACUACUAAGACCAUUAAAGAAGCAUGGAGUAACAUCUCUUUUGUUAGAAAAUUUCAUUCUUUGUUUUUAAUUAGAUUAAAUAACUGUGAUUCAUCUCUACCGUAUGACUUUGAAUUUGGAUGAUAAGGUCAAGCAUCCUACAAAGGUAGUUGAGAUCCACUGUCAGGGAUCAUUAAAAUUCUUUUAAUUCACUCGGCUGCUACCUACAUAACAGAGGAAAUAUCUUUUAUCUCCGCUCCUCUUCCAUCCAGUAUAUCCUAAUAUUAUUAGUAAGCUCAGUUUUUAAAUCUCUUCAGUAAAGUGAUCCACUUGAGUUUACCCACUAUGGAUUUGUAAAUAAUGCUGAUUGGUUUCCAGCCCUCUCAAAAGCAUAGGUUUGCAAGAAAGCAUGAAACACCCAGACUGUUAUAUUUUUAAUAUUUGGGGAUUUAGGGAACCAGAUGUUGAGCUUGUGUCUGAACGGAUUCAUCACUAAGCCAUGAGACAUAGCAGAAAUACCAUCAUCGUGUGUAUGUAAGGUGCUCGUGGGUUGCUACUCUAAUAAAUGAAUAUAUAUCCCUCCCAGAUGAAACUGCGAUGUAGCUAUGCAUUGAGGUUGCUUCUCAAUUGGCAAAGUACAUGUGCC